UGGCCGAGCGCCAGUCGAACCUCUAUAAAACUUACGCAUUGACAUUUCAACAGUUUCAGUUUCAAUUCUCGCGCGGUUCGUUGAAGAUCGUUUCGGAUCUAUCGCUUAUACAUAUAAUAGUUGACAAUUUUUGUAACAUGAAGCUUUUAUUGUUAGCCCUUGUGGCUACUUUGGCGCUCUCGCAAGCCUUGGUCAAGGAAGAGAUUGAGGCUAAGGAAUAUUUAACAAAUUUGAAUAAAGAGUUAGCUAAGCGUACCAAUGUUGAAACGGAGGCUUCUUGGGCUUAUGCUUCCAAUAUCAACGAUGAGAAUGAAAAGAAGAAGAACGAAGUUUCCGCCGAGUUGGCCAAGUUCAUGAAAGAAGUCUCCGCCGAUAUAAAGAAGUUCAAUUGGCGCAGUUAUCAAUCGGAAGACGUUAAACGACAGUUCAAGGCGCUCUCCAAGCUAGGCUAUGCCGCCUUGUCCGAGUCCGACUACGCCGACUUUCUAGAGACUCUUUCGGCCAUGGAAUCCAACUUUGCCAAGGUCAAGGUGUGCGACUACAAAAACAGCAACAAAUGUGAUUUAGCACUCGAACCCGAAAUCGAGGAAGUUAUCACCACCAGUCGCGAUCCGGAAGAACUCAAGCACUACUGGGUCCAGUUCUACGACAAGGCGGGUACUGCGGUCCGUCCCCAGUUCGAGCGAUACGUAGAGCUAAAUACAAAGGCAGCCAAACUGAAUAACUUCACUUCGGGCGCUGAGGUCUGGCUGGAUGAGUACGAGGAUUCAACUUUCGAGAAGCAACUGGAGGAUAUUUUCGACGAGAUUCGUCCGCUGUAUGAGCAAGUCCAUGGUUAUGUGCGCUAUCGUUUGAGGAAGCAUUAUGGGGAUGAGGUCGUAUCCGAGAAAGGUCCGUUGCCCAUGCAUCUGCUUGGUAACAUGUGGGCACAACAAUGGUCUGAAAUUGCGGCUUUAGUGUCACCUUUCCCGGACAAGCCACUGGUUGAUGUCUCUCACGAGAUGGUCAAGCAGGGCUAUACUCCUCUAAAGAUGUUCCAAAUGGGCGAUGACUUCUUCACCUCCAUGAACCUUACAAAAUUGCCACAAAACUUCUGGGACAAGUCGAUAAUUGAGAAGCCCACAGAUGGUCGCGAUUUGAUCUGUCAUGCCAGCGCCUGGGACUUUUACCUUACGGAUGAUGUGCGCAUUAAGCAGUGCACUCAGGUUACUCAGAGCCAGCUCUUUACGGUGCACCAUGAACUGGGCCACAUCCAAUACUUCCUGCAGUAUCAGCAUCAGCCAUUUGUGUAUCGCACUGGUGCUAAUCCUGGCUUCCAUGAGGCCGUUGGUGAUGUCCUAUCGCUGUCUGUGUCGACGCCCAAGCAUCUUGAAAGGAUCGGUCUGCUGAAGAACUUUGUGCUCGAUGAGGAGGCGCGUAUUAAUCAACUCUUCUUGACUGCUCUGGACAAGAUCGUAUUCUUGCCUUUCGCAUUCACCAUGGACAAGUACCGUUGGUCUCUGUUCCGCGGGGAAGUAGACAAAUCUAAGUGGAACUGCGCCUUCUGGAAACUGCGCGAGGAGUACUCCGGUAUUGAACCUCCAGUUGUGCGCACCGAGAAGGACUUCGAUGCACCUGCCAAGUAUCACGUCUCUGCAGAUGUGGAAUACCUGAGAUAUCUGGUCUCUUUCAUCAUACAAUUCCAAUUUUACAAGUCCGCCUGCAUUAAGGCUGGUCAAUACGAUGCCAAGAAUCCUGACUUGCCCUUGGAUAACUGUGAUAUCUAUGGCAGCGCAGCCGCCGGUGCAGCUUUUCAAAAAAUGCUCUCCAUGGGCGCCUCUAAGCCCUGGCCCGAUGCACUAGAGGCCUUCAACGGGGAGCGCAUAAUGACCGGAAAGGCAAUCGCCGAGUUCUUUGAACCCCUUCGUGUCUGGCUUGAGGCUGAGAAUGCCAAAAACAAGGUGCACAUUGGCUGGACCACCUCCAACAAAUGCGUGUCUUCUUAAUGGAAAAGACGCAACCAAGUUUAAAAGUUCUUUGCUUAAUAAAUUGUUGUGCAGUAUUAACAGCCAUUUAAUAUUCAAAAACAGCAUUUUGUAAUCUUUAAUUUGUAAUGUCUUUUCAUUUGCAAACAACUAUAGAAGUUCUUUGCUAAAUAAAGACUUUUCUUAUAUAUC